CAUGUAAACGUGUUACUCGUGAAGUAGAGCUGAGUAUUCGUCAAGUUGAGCUGAGCACUGGAGCACCUGAAAAUUUCUCUAUUCCCCUGAUUUUCCUCCUCGAUCGCUCAUAACGCGCUCGUCGUCUUUGAAAUCUGUGGAGGUGAUCUCGGGAAGCUUCUCCGUUCGCCAUUCAGAUUGUUCACCUAGCUUCUUACUCUAUCUUGUGUUGUUUCUUUCCCCAUUCUUGGAGAUCAGCUCGGAUUAAGCUGUAAUGCCUCCUUCGAAACGGCUCUCUCACACCGCUUCUGGAGGCGUGCUUCAAAGGGGCAGAUCCAGCGCCGGAACAUGCCGACUGCCAGUGGUGCUUCUCCUCUUCCUCUCUAUCCUCGCUCCUUUACUCUUUCUUGCAGGUCGGAGUGUCCAUGCGCCGAUCUACACGGAUCAGAAGGGUGUGUCAAACUUAUCAAGUAAAGAGAUUCUAGACUGGAAAGAGCAGCCAGCAGUGCAACAGUUGAAGUCUAUUCUAACAAAAGAGAUUAUUGAUUCUAUUGUUGCAAGCCGAGAUGAAUUUGGUCCCUGGAGUCUUGAUUUUUUCAGAAAAAACCACGGGUCUCCUUCAUGGCAAAUUGAUGGAUUAGACAACAGUAUGCAGUUCAAUGCUACUGCAGUGGAUGCAAUACAAACAGUUUCAAGUGCUCAACUUAAAACUUCCCAAGGUACAUCAGAAUAUGAUGCCAGCUCCCAUAGUUCCCCAUUUAAAGAUAAAGGGGUAAAAAAUGAAUCCGCUGAACACCAACUUCUGGUUUCACCAGCAAAACUAGCUCGAAGGCAAUUAAGGGAGAAGCGAAGAGAAAAGAGAGUGAAAGAACUAAUUCAGCUGGAUAAUGAAACACUGCUUAAACUUGAAAAUGCUGCUAUUGAGCGCUCUAAAUAUGUGGACUCCGCAAUUCUGGGAAAAUACAGUAUAUGGAGACGAGAUAAUGAUAAUGAAAAUUCUGAUUCAACGGUACGAUUAAUGCGUGACCAAAUGAUAAUGGCUAAGGUCUAUUCUUUUGUUGCCAAAUCAAAGAACAAUCACAAGCUUUAUCUGGAGUUGCUGAAUAGGCUGAAGGAAAGCCAACGUGCACUUGGAGAGGCCAAUGCUGAUGGUGACCUUCCUCAUUAUGCUCCUGAGAAGAUCAAAUUAAUGGGUCAAGCUUUGUCAAAAUCAAGAGAAGUACUGUAUGACUGCAGGACAAUCACUGAGAGGCUUAGACUGAUGCUUCAAUCAACAGAGGAGCAGGUUAGAAGUCUGAAGAAACAGAGCACAUUUCUUAGCCAAUUAGCUGCAAAGACAGUCCCUAAUGGGAUCCACUGCUUAUCUAUGCGUCUAACUGUAGCAUACCAUCUUCUACCUUCAGAGAAAAGAAUUUUCCCAAAGAGUGAAAACUUAGAAAAUCCUAAUUUGUUUCACUAUGCUCUCUUUUCUGACAAUGUAUUGGCUGCAUCUGUAGUUGUAAACUCAACUGUCAUGAAUGCUAAGGAGGCAGAGAAGCAUGUAUUUCAUCUUGUCACAGAUAAGUUGAACUUCGGGGCAAUGAAGAUGUGGUUUCUAUUGAACCCACCUGGAAAGGCAACUAUACACGUGGAAAAUGUUGAUGACUUCAAAUGGUUAAACUCAUCGUACUGCCCUGUGUUAAGACAGCUUGAAUCUGCGGCCAUGAGAGAAUACUAUUUCAGGGCAGACCAACAUAGUAGCCUUUCAGCCAGUUCAUCUAAUUUGAAGUACAGGAACCCUAAAUACUUAUCAAUGCUGAACCAUUUAAGAUUUUAUCUUCCCCAGGUUUAUCCGAAGCUGGAUAAAAUCUUGUUUCUUGAUGAUGAUAUUGUUGUCCAAAAGGACUUGACAAAGCUGUGGUCGAUUGAUCUGAAGGGGAAUGUCAAUGGUGCAGUGGAGACAUGCGGUCAAAGUUUCCAUAGGUUUGACAAGUAUCUUAAUUUCUCAAAUCCACAUAUUGCGAGGAAUUUCGAUCCCAAUGCAUGUGGUUGGGCCUAUGGAAUGAAUAUAUUUGAUCUCAAGGAGUGGAAAAAGAGAGACAUUACUGGGAUAUACCACAAGUGGCAAAACAUGAACGAGGAGAGAGUACUGUGGAAACUUGGGACACUCCCACCCGGACUCCUGACCUUCUACAAGCUGACAUAUCCGCUGGACAAGUCAUGGCACGUGCUUGGCUUGGGCUACAACCCUAGUAUUGAUCGGUCUGAGAUAGAAAAUGCUGCUGUAAUCCAUUAUAAUGGUAACAUGAAGCCUUGGCUAGAGCUGGCAAUGAACAAAUACAGGCAUUUUUGGUCUAAAUACAUCAAAUAUGACCACCCUCACAUCCGGAGCUGCAGCUUCAGGCAAUAGGCACAAGUGCUCCAG